AUGCUGAUGAUGAUGAAGAACGGCGGCGGCGGCGGCAUGGAUGCGCAUCAGGUUGACAUCGAUUCGGAAUUUGAGCCUCACAGUCGCUCGCGGUCGUGCACCUGGCCGCUGCCGUGUCCGGAGGAUUUCCCCGGGGGGGGAGAGGAGGCGAGCCGAGCGGGUCUGGCUCUGGCGUCGAUCAAAGUGGAGCAGUACAACGUGUCCGCGUGCCGGGCCGAGAGAAAAGGCGGCGCGCCGGCGGAGAUCAAGCACCCGGCCGGCGCCCCGGCCCCGGUCGCGGCCGCUCCUGCCUGCAUGUCCGGGGCUGCGCUCGAUGUGGCCGGCCAGCUGCGCAAAGCCAAGUCCUCCCGGCGAAACGCGUGGGGGAACCUGUCUUAUGCAGACCUCAUUACCCGUGCCAUCGAGAGCACCCCGGACAAGAGACUCACCCUGUCCCAAAUCUAUGACUGGAUGGUUCGCUUUGUCCCUUAUUUCAAGGAUAAAGGCGACAGCAACAGUUCAGCCGGAUGGAAGAAUUCAAUCAGACACAAUCUGUCCCUGCACAGUCGCUUCAUCAGGGUGCAAAAUGAAGGGACGGGGAAGAGUUCGUGGUGGAUGCUGAACCCAGAAGGAGGGAAGAUGGGCAAAGGACCCAGACGACGGGCGGCCUCUAUAGACAAUGGGACCCGCUACCUGAAGACCAAGGGUCGCAUUAGCCGUAAGAGAGCAGGGGCCAUAGGCCUCGGACGGGGACAAGGUCAGGGGGCCGGACCCACAAUGCAAGGCUCCCCCGAGCAUGGCAGUCCAGCAGGGAAAGGAGGUGUGAGUAUGGGGGGUGACGAGUAUGACACCUGGACGGACCUGCAUUCCCGCACCUCCUCCUCUGCCUCCACACUAAGUGGCUGCCUGUCCCCGAUUCUGGCUGAGGCGGAGGCUGACGAACCGGACGAGGGUGGACUGUCCUGUUCAGCCUCCCCUCGACUGUACCCCAGCCCCACCAGCACCCGCUCCCCGGCCCUGGGCACUGGGGGCCACUGUCCAACCGUGGAGCUGCCCCAGCUGACUGACCUGACAGGGGCUAUCAGUCUAGAUGAGAGUGGCUACCCCCAACCACAGCAAAUCAAAUGCAACGGUUAUCCCUACGUGCCUGCGCCCAAGGCAGAGGGCUCCUACUGUGGGCCCAUGUAUGGACAGCCUUCCAUGGGCAUGCUCCGGCAUCACACUCCCAUGGAGACCAUCCAGGAGAACAAGCCAGUCAGCUUCCAGCGCCAAAUGAGGGGCUACUCAGAGAACAACGCUCUACAAAGUCUCCUUACUGAGGGACCUCCGUACUGCAACAAAGACACAGUGCUGGGCCCGGGACGGGAAUCACACACACUAAUGACACAGGGGACCAAUGGCGUUCAUAGCCAGCACAGCCACAAUCAGAAUCGCAGCCACAAUCAUAACCACAAUCACAGCCAGGAGCAUGCUCUCAAUCCUAGUCUACACAAUGGCCACGGCUCAGUCCAUGACCAGAACACAACCCACCGUCAGAACCACAAUCAGAGUCACAAACACCAAGCCAGCCUCGACUACAGCCACAGCCACAAGCCCCACCCUGCCCAUGACUAUGGUCCGAGUCACGAGCAUGGUCACAGUAACAAAGUAAACGGCAGACAUGAUCACAACCCUCCCUCCAGUCACAUGCACAACCACAACCCCCAUAACCCUAUGCACAGUGGGCCUCACCCCCAGGCCCUCUCCCCACGAGUAAGCACCGACAUCCUGCAGCCCUACAGCCUCAAGACCUCUAACCACUAUGGGCCCCGACCACACCUCCCAACAUCGCCGUCCCUGCCGCCCAACCCCGCCGGGGUCAUGGAUGUUCCCCAGGACCCUUGCUGUCUGGCGUCCGCACCUCACCCCCGUCACCAACCUUACCCCGGAGCUCACCAUCAGGGUAUGACCGACUCCUGGCAUGGCUACUACCAUAACAACCACCAGCCAGGGAACGCUGGUUACCAGGGGCAACAGCACAACUCCCACAGUAGAAUGGCUGCCAAUCUGGAGAUGGAGAAUGUUGCUAGUAGCCUGGACUGUGAUGUAGACUCCAUCCUGCUCAAUGACUUUAUGGACACAGAGAGCAUGGACUUCAACUUUGACGGCUCUUUGUCCCAAGGCAUGGGCAUGGGGAUGGGCAUGAGCUUGGGGGCAUUUGCUUGUCCUCCAUCAACACACAGCAACCAGAGCUGGGUGCCAGGGUGAACCCAGGCCCAAAGGUUUGGAUUGACACAUGACUGGAAAGCUCACCCACUGGGCCAGGCUGCUGGUGGGCUGUACCCUUGGACUGACUGACUGUGAUUCUGUUUCUCUGAGACUUUAGAACAAAAUACGUAUUGUCAUUUUGUUUCCUGAGGACUACGUAGACCCUCACAUCCUACUCUUUCUCUUUCUCCCCCACUCUGUUUAUAAAGCCUUCUGUCUCCAUAUUGAACCUGCCCCCAAAUUAGCCCAGUCCUAAAGCCCCCCUUGUUCAUGCCCUUCAGUUUUUCUUUGUUUUUGUUUUUUAUGGUCUCCUCGCAAUCUCACCCUGCCUGUCCUAAGCUCUCAAGCACUUUAAAUCCAUCCUUUUCACACAGAUGCAGUAACACAAAGACCAGGCUAAGUCACGAUGUGUGUUGGCUUAAGUUUAAUGUAUGCAAUCCACUUUACAGUAUUAUCUCCUUCUACAAAGGAGGUGUUGUUUUUGACUUCAGAACUUGAUCAAACAGUUGCAUAAAUAUCUUUAAUGUACAGGUGCUUUUAGAUUGGGGGUUAAAAGGCAGGGAAGGCUUUGAGGGUUGAAGGAUGAAGGUUUAUAGAAGAAGAGGGAAUAAGAACUAAAGGGAUGGAAGGAGAAAAAGGAAGGAAGGAACGCCAGGGUCUUCUCUCCCUGGUUCGUUUCAGUGCAGGAGGACAGCCAUACAUCAGGCAACCAACAGCACCACUCCAAUGAAAUGCAACGUCCCAUCUUUAAUCUCCAAAGUAAUGCCAGAGUAAUGCAUCACUAUUGCAAAUCUAAUGCGCCACUCUGUGUUUUUUCACCCCCCUGCCCCCCUCUCUCUCCUCAACUCCGGACACACCAGCUUAAUGUGUUUUGCCGAAAGUGAUGAUUAAAGUCACUCUGCACUAAAUGGGGGGAGGGACUGAAAGGGCUGGUGUUGGAGAGGGGGGAACUGAGGGGAGAUGAUAGGAAAGGAGAAAUGCAAAUAUUCCCUCUGUGCCUCUUCCUCUCCAUUUUGUGGAUUUAUGUAGCUUUCCCCGUAAUGAAAUAAGCAACGAUCAGAGCCUGCUGUACAUCCUGAGGAGCUCUGUGAUUGGCCUGCGCCGGGCUGCCUCAGCGUGGCUCCUUCACCGGCUGACCCCAGAACAGCUUACUGAGCAGCUGUGGUCAAGCCAGGAUGUUGAUGGAGCUGCCGUCGUCAGACCCCAGUCAACCUUGUCUAAUUCAGUAACACCCAGGUUCAAGCCCACUAUGUGCUUUACCUCCUGCGAAUUGCACACUGAUGCACAGCGUCAGCAGAUUACUAUUUGGUGCUAUCUCCUCUGCCCAGGCUCCCUCCUAUCACACCGCCCCAUCCCGAGGUUACUCGGAGGGUAAACAAGAGUAAUUAACCGCCAAACAAGAUGGAUGAUUUAUGCAAGUGUGUGUAUUCGCUCAUCGGCACAAAGUCAUAAUUCUUUCUCCCGCCAAGAACAAGGAGGGUGAUUUUUGAGAGGUGAUGCCCAGCGACAAGGUAAAGCGGCUGGCAAGCGGCGUGCUCAUAGUGUCCUUCGAGUCCUCCAAGCAUUCCCUUUACAAGCAUUCCCCGCCCUGCCCUAGCUUUACUUUGCUGUUGUCUUUUCUUGUGCUCGUUCUGUGAUCGUGCAGUUGUCUGUCCUGUUUCAAUACAGCAUGGAUAGAAGCUUUCGUGUGCAUUUUAUUUUCUUCAUUCCCAGAGGGGAAACAUGCAAAAAGGGGGCAUUCGCCCACCCUUGUCCUGGCACCUGUCCCACUCAAGAUACAAAAAAAUAGGAACAAGAGAGAGAAGAAAGGUAGAUAGAUACAGGGAGAGUGAGCGAGGGGGAGGGAGCUACA